AUGGCGUCGCACGUGUUCGUGGUGGACUCUGGCCUCAAGCGGACACAGAUCAAGGUCGCGCCGGGCAAAUAUUUGAGGGAGGUGCUGGAAGAGGCCUGUAAGAGCAGGAAACUAGAUCCAGAGUCGUAUACGCUGAAGACGCAGAGCAAUAAGGCAGUGGACCUGUCACAACCCUUCCGACUUUCAGGCCUGUCAGCAGGUGCCAAGCUACAGCUCGUUCAAGCAAGCAAAUCCGUGGGAGUAGUGAAUGUGGCUCUGCAGCUACCAGAAAGCGAAGGAGCUGGGCGCGUGUCAGACAAAUUCCCCAGCACGACAAGCUUGUGGCUGGUGUUACGGAAGUACGAGGAUGGCGUGGCAGGUCAACUAUCGCGGAAGUUGAAUCUCACACAACGCGCGAUACCUUCGAACCAAUCAUCAGGGGCUGGACGACUGGAGUAUGAGCAGCCGGUCAUGAAUGUGAUGGGCAGGAAUUUGGAGACUUUCGCAGAUCUUCAGAAGACGCUCGGACAGCUCGGGUUUAACAGCGGCAGUGUGCUCUUGCGGCUGGAGUUCAGAAAUAGCGGACAACCUCUGGAAGAGGCAAUCAAGGAGAUUGGAGAGCAUUUCACCGGCGCGCCACCGAUCGAUGAUGCUCCCCCAAGUUACGCAAGCGCUACGGCAGUGAAUGAUAGCGGUACCGAAGCGUCAGCACCGGAGAAGGAUGUAUCCAUGGAGGAGGCCCCUCAGCACGACGCGCCUUCACAGCCCAUCGAAACACCACCACAGCUUUCAGACAUGCCCGAACAACCGACAGCUCCGCCAGCGAAGACGCUAAAUGGAAUCUCAGUGUAUCGCCCGCCUAGCUCGAGCACACCAGCAGCCGCUAUGCAACCGGACGACCCAUCGACCUUCGAACCCAGUAUAGCACACGCGAAAGCGCAUCAAGCCGCACUUGAACGUGCCGGUCGAAACACCCGUUUGCUCUCCGACAAAGAGCUUGAAGAGCAAGAACAAGCGCGCCAAGCAACUAUCGCGCUAAUACAACAGGUGACCGUGCGCGUCAAGUACCCCGACCAGAGCAUGAUAGAAACGACAUGCUACGCAUCAGAGAGUGCCUCAGACCUCUAUGCUAAAGUUGGGCAGACACUUUCGCAAGCAAGCGAGCCAUUUGAGCUUCGCUUCCUAGGCGCGAAAGGGUUCCAGACUAUUCCCAACGACUCAGCAGUGCGCCUGGUACGAGAUCUUGGUUUCAAGGGUCGGAUGAUGGUCACGUUGGUAUGGUCGACUAAUGCCUCCGCGAAGGCGCGUCAAGGUUCUAGUCUGAAGGAGGACUACCGUAGCAGAGCACAGGAUCUUAAAGUGGAGUUACAGACGCAGCAAGCGCAGGGUGAGGAGAACCACAAGGCUGUCAUGGCGAAGAAGGAUAAGCCAGAACCGGGUAGCAGUAAGAGCAAGCUCGAUGUGGAGAGCAAGAUGAAGAAGUUCCUUGGCUUUGGGAAGAAGUGA